AUGUGCGCUAGAGCCAGGGAAACCGCGAUAGAAGCAGCGUUUUCCUCGGCAUUUAGCUCCUUGCAAGCCCGCAGAUCGGAGCAGAAAGCAGCCGCCGCCUGCGCGGAGGGCGAGAGGGCCGAGUUGAGAGCCUCGGUUUGCUCGACGGUGUGGAGCGCCGCGAGGUAUGGCGUGCCAGUGCGAACGCUACGCGAGAUGAUGAGCGAGAAAAUGUUUCAGUCAAGGAACUUCGAUCCAUCGGAGCCCUUCGACCAGCUCUGCCGGCGUGUGGAAGGGGUCGUGGUGGAGAGCAGACAUCCUUACCCAAAGGGAGUGAGGCAGGAUAUUGAGGCUUACGUGGCAAACGCGGACUCUUUCUAUGUGGCUUUCGAUGCGGCGUCUAACGCGACCAUAGGCAUGGGGAAGGUGGCCUUGCAGGAGUUCAACGCUAGGGAUCCAAAGCUUUUCUUCCCCAGGGGACCCUACAACGUCGACACCUCCGGCGAAGCCCGCCUUCCCGGUGUCGACGGAGAGCGGCCGAUGCGGGUGCAAGGAUCCUCCGUGCUCGUGACGUUUUCCGCCUCGUACUGGACGGGGGUCGCCCCCGCGGGAGAAGACUACGGCUGGCGGCUCGUGUGCUUCACGGCCGACGACGAUGACCAUGCGAAAGCCUUGGUCUCCGAGGCAGAGCGGGCGGCGGAUCGCGCGGAGGCGGUGGAUGCGGUCAACACCCACGGGGAGACCUGCCUACACGUGGCAUCCUUCGAGGGCAACGUUCCCGCCGUGAGAUACCUCCUCUCCGUCGACGCCGACCCCAACAGCGCACACAGUGCCAGCGGCUACAACACCCCCCUCCACGAGGCAGCAAGGGGCGGGUCCCUCGCGGUGACCCGUCUGCUCCUCAAGUCCUCGGCAAACGUCCUCGCGGUCAACUCGCACGGAGACCACCCCUUGCACGUGGCCUGCCGAGAGGGCCGCCUCGACAUCGCUCGAAGGCUCCUCGCGCACGACUCCGACUGGGCCACCGUCGCCGCUCGCAACCACGCAGGCCUCCGGCCAGUCGAGGUCGUGCCCGCCUGCUCUGCGCUCAUCGCGCUCCUCAAAGAGGUAGAGGUUAGAGCCGCGAACGCUUCCAUGGCUCAAGCCGCCCUCGCCGCCAAUGCGACACCGUCCGGGUUGCAAGCAGACCCUUGUUUCCACCAGCGUAACAACAAGAACGGGGGAGGGAAGCCGGUCUCCGCGGCGGGUGUUGGUAGAUGUGGUGGGCGUGGGGGUGUCCUUCGGCGCCAAGCACGGGGAGGAGGGAGAAGGAACAAGUCCGGCUUAGGGAGGUUGUCGUCAUCAUCAGACGGCGCUUUGGCGAAGGCAAUGCUCUCGGGGAGCAUUCUGCCGCGGUGGGCGCGUUUGGCGCGGCCAUUCGAAGACGAACUUCACCGACAACAACGGUCUCUCAAAGACCGCGGCUGCCCCCAAGGGCCACAGAGAAGAGGCGUUGAAGAGGUAGGGUCGGGAGGAGUGACCGACAACGCGGGAUCUGUCGCAUCGGAAGGGAGCGAUGCUCAAUCGGUCGCGGGUUGGUCGGGCACGUCGUAUGGGGCCAGCCUAGCCGAGUCUGAUUUCGCGAUACCGCCUGCGGAGGUGGUCGUCGCUGGUAGGGGUAGUAGUAGUGGCGGCGGUGGACUUGCUUGCGGCAAGCAUAGAGAGCGGUAGCUCGUAAGAACACCGGAAUAGACUGAGCGCAGAAGUUCACCUGACCGGAUGCUGGUGUGAGACGGGCAACAGACGCGUACUCGAUUGCACUCGGAAACAAGAGCCUCGGUGGCCCAUAACUUAAGCACACGCGGUUCGCUCUUGAACGUAUAGACUGUAGAACGCAGAGCGUACAUGUACAUCGUCUUAUCCGUUAUCAAAACGCACGCUAUUGAUGACGCCCCCUCUCGUCGCGAGUGUGCCUCGAAGAGGGUAUCGUGCCCACCCGAGCAGUUGAUCCUUGCCGCGUAGACGUGCCGAAUCGGGCGUGUAGACUAGACGGGCAGAAUAGAACUUGAAAUACCUCGGUGUUCUGCUUGUUCACACUUUCCAACAACCCGACACACUGCAAAGUCGUCUCCAGGUUGUACACAGCAAAAAAUCACCAACUGAAGGAACACAACAAAAUGGAGCAUGGCUUGAACGCAAACGCUUGCAAAAAAACAUUCUUCUCUCUGCGCAUACAGCCUUGUCUGUCGUUGGAGAAGAUUAGCAACCAGAACACGCCGCCUGUCAUGGGCGUCGAUGCUAAUUUGUACAUGUGACAUUAAGCGGCGCACGUGCCAACACAUUGAUCGAUCCAGUAUGACUGGGAAACCGUGAGAGCGGCAGACAACACAUGUUUAGUAAUCGGCCUGCCGCAGGACAAAAAAAAAAAAAACGGCCCAAAAACCUACUUGCCACAUGACGAUCACCGCCAAAACAACCCAUGCCCAUGCGAAUCGGUCCGUGUUCACUCACAAGUCGUCUCAUGGUUUGAGGCUACACAUGAAAAAAAAAAAAACACGUUCGUGACUGAAAUUGUACAAAUCGUCGUGCGCGUCUAUAAUGAAUUUACGUACACUGUGUGGUCGAGCAUGCACUCGCAUGUCGUACCAUCGGGAUCUCCACGAAUCAAACACACAAGACACGACGAGACGGACGCAUGAAAAAUCGACGAUCUAUUCGAGGAAACACCCAGAAGCGUUCGGAGACGGCUGCCACAACAAGUAAGCUUACUUCCCAGUUCUCCUGCCUGCACCCUGCGAGUCAAAAACUUCCUCGGGACGGAAGACCAGAAAUAUUGGCAUUUGUACAUGACGUGCCACUAUUGUUGAAAUACACUAAAAAAAAAAAAAAAGGUGGAGACGCCAUCCAAAAACAACGAAACAGAAUAAAAAAGAAGACAUCAGAACAUCCAUCAGGCAUGAUUUAGACGGGAAUCCAACCACUCCGCGUUGCAUAACGUACACACUCAGUCGGUCAACGCCAAAAACGUGGUGUCACCCCCACUACAUUCGGUGGCAGCAUUUUUUCUACCAAUACUUAGAAAGGAGACAAGAUACACCAAAAAUCAACAUCCCCAUUCCUUGAGUAAAUCAGCAAAAAAUAAGGGCGGGGGGGGCGGGGUUUGGGGGUCCUUCACCUCUUGGCCACGUUGGAUCCAGGCACUGUCUUAAAGAGACUGUAAUUCUCAGCAGCAGCCCUCCCACCCAGCUCGCACCUACGUGUUCUAGAAGCUACGUCAUUUCUAUCAAUUGACGACCGCAGCUCAAUCCUUCCAUGGCGGCGUCGACGAGAGAGUGGACCGACCGAACGAGUUCAUGAUCUGCGCCUGCAUGACCUCAUGUUGCUUGCCCUGCCCUCCACCUCCAGACACGCUACUACCGCUGCUGCUUCCGUUUCCAACGACACCAGUACUACUACCACCCCCCGGCUGCCCAUGCAACUGCUGCUGCUGCUGCUGCUGCUGUUGUUGCUGGCCUUGCGCGUGGCUGGUUUGGGUGCGUGGCAUGACCCCACCCCCGCCGCCGCCACCGCUAGAACUACCACUCACGCCGCUGCUGCUGAUGUGUCCCACGUACUGCGCGGCUGAAGAGGCUCUCCGGACAGGCGGGGCUGGCUCGAGAGAGGGAGACACCCCACGCAUGCCACCCCCGCCGCCGCUACUCCCGGCCUGCUGACCUCCGUUAGUCACCCCGCCCGCCCCUCCCGCGGAGCCCCCAGAGCCGCCGCUGCCACCACCACCACCACCACCACCACCACUACCACCACCAGAACCACCGGCGCCGCCCUUGCCGCCAUUGCUGCCAACGAUACCGAUUGGAUCGCUUAUCCCGUUUCCGUACAACAACGUUCCGGAGGCCGAGCGGCGGUGAUG